UGGUCCCCUUUCCUCUGUCUGAUCUGAGGAGAUUUUCCUAGUCCCUCGCUCUUCUAAGAUUGCGUAAUGAUUCCGUAUAUCUUUUCUCUCUCUUCCUUCCUUCUUAAGUUUUUUUUUGGCCUUUCUCUCACCAACAUUCCAUAUCUAACGGUCUGGUGUUCUCGCCUUUCUUGAAUAAUUGGGUCUCUGUAAUUCUCAACUCUUUUUCACACCUGAGAGAGAGAGAGAUUUAUUUUGACUUGUUGGUUUUGGUUGAAAGGGAAGAGGAUGAGGAGGGUUUUUGGGGUGAAGAAGGAGAAAGAACCUCCUCCUUCAAUUCAAGAUGCUUCUGAUAGGAUAAAUAAAAGAGGGGAUACUGUGGAUGAGAAGCUUAAAAAGCUUGAUGCUGAACUUAAUAGGUACAAAGAACAAAUCAAGAAGACAAGGCCUGGACCUGCUCAAGAAGCAGUCAAAGCCCCAGCUAUGAGUGUCCUUAAGAAAAAAAGAAUGUAUGAAGAACAACGUGACAUGCUUUAUAAUCAGACUUUUAACUUGGAUCAGGUUGCAUUUGCAGCUGAAGGGAUUAAACAUGCUCAACAAACGAUGUCAGCCUUGAAAUCUGCAAAUAAAGAGUUGAAAAGAAUGAUGAAAACAGUGAAGAUCCAAGACAUAGAUCUGCAAGCACAAACGCACACUAAAACAGUGUAUAUCUAAGCUGACCUCCCCAAUGCUGGUGCUUUGUGCACAGCAUGCAAGAUGAGAUGAUGGAUUUAAUGGAUGUGAGUUCAGGAAUCCAAGAAGCACUUGGUAGGAGCUACAACAUCCCUGAUGAUGUUGAUGAGGAAGAACUCAUGGGCGAGCUGGACGCUUUGGACGCUGACAUGAGUUUGGAAACCGAGUCUCAAGGCGUGCCCACAUAUCUCCAACUCGACAAGGAAUCUGAUCUUGACUCUGAACUCAAUUACCCUAGGCUCCAUCUGGUCAUGCGAUGCCAAUCAAAACCAAUGCUCAGGCGGAGGACGAAUUGGGCUUACCAGCUGUUCCUCAGGCAUCUAUUCGUGGAUAGGCGCAAAACUGCUGGACUCAUUUAUUGACCAGAUCAUUGGUCGCUGUGCAUAGGAGAUGUCCAUUUGUAGAUGCUUAUUUGUUUAUGCCGAUUGUGUUUUGGUUUGGUCCAUUAGGUGUUUUGCACCUUGGGGACUGGUUUGUAUGAAAUCAUUGUGACUUGGAUUCUCAAAAAAUGAAAAAUUGGAGCAUAAUUAUUUAAUA